ACGAUUCGUAAAAUUUAGAUUCCAGCUCCACAACAAACUCCAGCUCUCCAAAUCAAAACCAAUCCAACUACAAACUCUAUGCUCUCCCCAACCCUUUUUUAAACCCCAAUUCACAAUCCCUAGGGUUUCAUCACCGUCUCCGCCGCCGUCAAAUCCCUAAUAAUUUCUCCCCGAAUUGGCGAUCAAAAGAUGCAGAGAGCGCCAUGGAUGAGCCUGGGAUAGAUUCGACGACGUGGAGAAGCUCAAUUACAAACUGGAACUCGAAUAUGGCAUUGUGCUGCUCCGACACGUGGUUCAUUGGCUGCCGGUGCCGUCACCGAUCGGCGUUCGACUCCUAUUCCGUUGCCUGUGAGGCGUUUUCUGAACACCGUCACCGUUACCGUCUGACUCCUGCCGCCGUUAGAAUCAAGCUUCUCUGAUAGUUUGUGUGUUUUUCGCGAUAAUCGAGAUUGUUUGUUUCUCGUUCGAGAAUGGAUUUCUGUGGUGGUUUGAUUGGUGUGAAAUCUGAUUGUGAGUUUGAUUUUUUGGAGGAGGAUCCGACUGGGAGAUUCUUAAGGUCUGAUGAAAUCUUGGGGAGGGGAGCAUUCAAGACUGUAUACAAGGCGUUUGACGAGGUUGAAGGUUUGGAGGUGGCGUGGAGCCAGGUGCUGGUUGAGGAUGUGUUGCAGACACCGGAGCAGCUUCAGAGAUUGUAUUCGGAGGUGCAUCUGCUGAAGUCGUUGAAGCAUGAAAAUAUCAUCAAGUUCAGUAACUGGUGGGUCGAUGAUAAGAACAAGACCAUCAACAUUAUCACAGAGUUGUUCACCUCUGGGAGCUUGAGGCAGUAUCGAAGGAAGCACAAGUGUGUUGAGUUGAAGGCCAUGAAGAAGUGGGCAAAACAGAUUCUACAAGGCUUGCACUAUCUGCAUUCUCACGAUCCUCCAAUUAUUCAUAGAGAUUUGAAGUGCGACAACAUAUUUGUCAAUGGAAAUCAGGGGGAAAUAAAAAUUGGAGAUCUUGGAAUGGCAAUAAUCAUGCAGCAGCCUACUGCCCAUAGUGUGAUCGGCACUCCAGAAUUCAUGGCUCCCGAGCUUUAUGAUGAAGAAUAUAAUGAAUUAGUCGACAUCUAUUCUUUUGGCAUGUGUAUGCUGGAAAUGGUGACUUGUGAAUACCCUUACAAUGAAUGUAAAAAUCCCGCACAGAUUUAUAAGAAGGUUACUAGUGGUAUAAAACCUGCUUCACUCAGUAAAGUGAGUGAUCCUCAAGUAAAGCAGUUCAUAGAGAAGUGCCUGGUUCCAGCAUCAAUGAGACUGCCUGCUGUAGAGCUCUUGAAAGAUUCAUUCCUUGCAAUUGACAGUUUGAAGGAGCUCACUCGUGAUCCAUCGGGAUUGCACAAUUUGAUUCCCCAAUUAGUGAACUCUCCACAACCUGAAGCUAGUCCCGUGGAAGUAGAUGCCAACCACCAGAAGAUUUCUUCUGGCUCUUCUAGAAUAAGUGUCAAAGCAACUUCCACUUUAUUUAACCACUCAGUUCUGGAGUUACAGAGAUUCACAGAGAAUAAUGAACUCAUUUUAAGAGCCGAGAAAAGUGCUGAUAAUACUAUCACAUUGACUUUGCGUAUUGUUGAUCCAUGUGGUCGUGGUAAGACUAUACAUUUUGAGUUCUACCUUGUUUCGGAUACUGCAAUUUCAAUUGCUGGGGAGAUGGCUGAGCAACUUGAUCUUUCAACUGAAGAUGUAUCCCUCACAGCUGAGUUAAUUGAUAGCAUGAUUAUGAAGCUUGUACCUAGCUGGAAACCUACAUCUGAGAGUCCAUCAUGUGGAGCAAAUAGUGCAUUUGGGGAUCAGCAUGUAUGUCAAGCUGAUGGAAGCCCUUGGGGUUCACGGUUUGUCAAGGCUGCAUCAAUGAUUUCAGAUAUCUCAGCAGAGUAUGGCGUCACUACUUUCUCAUGCGUCACUGAUGUCAAGGUUUCAGAAUUGGACAAGUAUAGUUUUGAUGAAUGCUAUAGAGGUUUGGAUGGGUACUGUUCGAGUCCAGAUGGUAUGGUUCAUGGUCAGCUCAAGCAGAGGAAUUCUGAUGAUAAUUCUGGUGAUUCUGUCGUGAUAAAUGACUUAGCUAUGAACUCUGCUAUCUCGAGCCCUGAUAGAUCAAUAACUCAUAGCUUAUCAAGCAUUUGUAACUUGUCCGAGUUGUCUCUGAUGGAAAAACAUGCAUAUGAUGGGCUAAAAGUGGAGCUGGAUUCAAUUGAUUUGCAGUUUCAUCAACAUUUUCUUGAGCUCAUGAGGAUGAAGGAAGAGGCAAUACAAAAUGCAAAGAAGAAGUGGAUAGCAAAGUAGAAAGUAGCUUGUCGUUUUUUUUUUGGACAAGAGUAGCUUGUCGCUAAUGUAGUGCAUGUUCUUUGCUAGGAUUACUUUUCUGUUUUUCCAAUUUUUUCAUUCUUUUGAUCGAAAUUUCUCUUUUAAUAUUUGGGAGCCGUUUUGUGAAAAC